UAGUAAUUCAACAACUUACGAAAGUGAGUACCCAAGUAGUGUACAGAGCCUUCAGAGCAACUUUAAAAUAAUUCAUGUAAAUAAGGGCAAUUUUACGGAAGAAAUUACGGAAUCGCUCGUUAACCAUUUCUCAACAAUAGGAUCACCGGUUAUGCUUGGUAGGUUCCAUGUCUUACUAACUUUCUAGGUGGUUUAAACGACAAUUCUUCUAAAGGAAUACUUGCAGUAAAGACAGCUCAUAAACAGUCUACAACGCUGUUUAUAUGCGUAAGUUUAUUCGCGGCUUCGUCUAUAAGAGCAAAAAAGACCCUCACUGUUACAGAACGAAUAAGGAGCCUACUAUCAGUGAAUUAUGUGAAGAAGGCUGGAUACGUUGGUGCAAAACAACUGAAUUAACAGAAAAAAGUUUUUAUAAUUUAUGUUUACCUUUAUGA